AUGACCUCCACCUUACACAGUUACCCAUUGUCCACUACUCAGCUGAACAAGCCGCCACUACAUUUCCAUGUUCCGCUGUUUCCUGGCGUGCAGCUGCUAGAUGUUGCUGGACCAUUGGACGUUCUGAACAUUCGCUCCCAGUACCCAGAGACUUCUGGCAUUACGCUGACCCUGCUCUCAUCAACUUUGGAGCCAGUCUCAACCAAGCCAGUCCCGCCACCAAGUGCCAAGUGGAACUUUAACCUUCCCCCGGAGUCCAACACGAGCUUUAACCCUAAAGUCGUCCCCGAUGUCACUUUCCAAGAUUACCUUUCAGCAAUAGCCCGGGGCGAGAUUGCAGAUGAUGCAAGUGGAUCCCUCAAGCCAAUUGAUGUAUUAUUGAUCCCUGGCGGUCCGGGCACACGGUUGGCACGUAUCCACCCAGAUACAGGAAUCAUUGCCAACACGCAGGAGGCGAUAGAAUUCAUCAAGGCAAUCGCAUCACAAGUUCGACAUAGCGUCAUCACAAUAUGCACAGGUAGCCACGUCCUGGCCCAGACAGGUCUGCUCAAUGGUAUUGACGCCACUACGAACUCGGCUCGUUUCAGAGAUGUUUCCACAGCGAAUCAUCCGCAUAGCUGGAAAGUAAAGUGGAGGGAAAAUAAGCGAUGGGUACGAUCUAGCGUGCCAACUACUUCUAGCACCGCCUCCCCGGCGCAGCUGAAUGGUACCUCCGAAGGUGGUCUGCGUCCUGGCUUGGAGGUUUGGUCGUCGGCUGGUAUUACAGCUGGCAUGGACCUCAUGCUCGAGUUCGUGAAGGCGCAUUACGGUGGGGCGAAAGUUGCUGAACAAACCGCCAAGCGAUUGGAGUAUCGUUGGGAACAGACUGACGAUAAUUUCGUCUGA